AUUUUGAUAGUGAGAAGAGCAAGAACUUCAGGGAGCAUAGGCGAGUUCACUAUGAUGAAUUUCAGAAAGUGAAAGAACUCCGGCGAAAGGGCUCCUUACUUGAAGAUGCAUCUGACGAGGAUGGGGAUGGUCGGAAAAAUGAUAGGGGUGGUGAUUCAUCAUCAUCUUUAACCGAUUUUGAUAGUGAGAAGAGCAAGAACUUCAGGGAGCAUAGGCGAGUUCACUAUGAUGAAUUUCAGAAAGUGAAAGAACUCCGGCGAAAGGGCUCCUUACUUGAAGAUGCAUCUGACGAGGAUGGGGAUGGUCGGAAAAAUGAUAGGGGUGGUGAUUCAUCAUCAUCUUUAACCGGUCCACCGUCUCGGGCGCCUAUGCCUUGA